GUCUUCGCCUAGCCCGAUCUCGUUUCCCUUUCCUCCUCUCUUCCACCACGCGAGGAAUAAAUAGCAGGACACCGGAUUGGAGUAACAGAGAAUUUAUUUUUUUUUUUCAGUUUUUUCCCCCACCCACACCACAAGCAGACGAAGAAGAAGAACAAGGUUCGUCCGUCGAGAUGUUGGAGGAGCUGCUCAUCUUCACGCGCGGCGGCCUCAUCCUCUGGUCGUCAUGCCGGGCGCUCGGCGGCGCCGCCCUCAAGGGCUCGCCCAUCGACGCCCUCAUCCGCUCCUGCCUCCUCGAGGAGCGCUCUGCCGACGCCAGCUUCUCCCAGGACACCUAUGCGCUUAAGUGGACCUUUAACAAUGACCUCGGCCUCGUGUUCGUCGCCGUUUACCAGCGCAUGCUCCACCUCCUUUACGUCGACGACCUCCUCGCCGCCGUCCGUAAGGAGUUCUCACAGAUUUAUGAUCCCAAGCGCACCUCCUAUGAUGACGCCUUCAAUGAGGUUUUUCGCCAGCUCCACCUCGAGGCUGAGGCUCGCAGUGAGGAGAUGAAGAAGAAUAAACAGGUCACUGGUUCCCGGCCCACCAAGGUUACCACUAAGACCAAUCGUGGCGACACUCAGGGCUCUGGUGGUGGUAGGAAGAAAGGUGACUCGGGGAAGGACGACUCUGAUGGUGACUCCGGGAAGGAGCACACUUUGCCAAAUGGUAAUUCCAAGAUGCAAGAGAAUAGCCUCAAGGACAAUUCUCAUGCCCGCAGUGUUGUUGUUAAAGGAAAGGAGAACGGAGACCCCAACGAUGGGGCCUUUGAUGUAAAUAAGUUACAGAAGAUGAGAAACAAGGGUAACAAGAAGAAUGAGGUUGCUAGUAAUGUGGCCAAGAACACCUCUAAGGCUAACACAAAGAAGAAUUUGAAGAAAAAUAGGGUUUGGGAUGACACACCUGAUGACAAGAAGAAGCUGGAUUUCACAGACCCAGCUGAUGAGAGAGGGGAUGAGGUGAUAGACCAGGUGGUUGUCAAGCAGGGGGAAAGCAUGAUGGAUAAGGAUGAUGUCGUGAGCAGUGAUAGUGAUGAAGAAGAGGAAGAUGGAGAGGAAAAUUCUGGAGCUUCCCAAAAGAAGAAAGGAUGGUUCUCCUCGAUGUUCAAGAGCAUUGCAGGUAACAAUGUGCUUGAGAAGUCUGACAUCCAACCUGCACUCAAAGCGCUUAAAGAUAGGCUGAUGACUAAGAAUGUGGCUGAAGAAAUUGCAGAGAAACUUUGUGAAUCAGUGGCAGCUAGCCUUGAGGGCAAAAAGCUGGGAUCCUUCACAAGGAUAUCCUCUACUGUUCAGACAGCUAUGGAGGAGGCUCUUCUUCGCAUCUUAACCCCAAGGCGAUCUAUUGACAUAUUAAGGGAUGUACAUGCUGCCAAAGAGCGUGGGAAGCCAUAUGUUAUUGUUUUUGUUGGAGUGAAUGGAGUUGGCAAAUCUACCAAUCUUGCAAAGGUUGCUUAUUGGCUUCUUCAGCAUAACCUCAGUGUAAGCCUGGCAGCAUGUGACACCUUUAGAUCUGGUGCUGUUGAGCAACUGCGUACUCAUGCUCGCAGGCUUCAGAUACCUAUAUUUGAGAAGGGAUAUGAAAAAGAUCCAGCGGUUGUCGCAAAGGAGGCUAUUCAGGAAGCUACUCGUAAUAAGUCAGAUGUUGUUCUUGUCGACACUGCUGGACGUAUGCAGGAUAAUGAGCCACUCAUGAGAGCACUCUCCAAGCUCAUCAAUCUCAAUAGCCCAGAUCUAGUUUUAUUUGUUGGGGAAGCAUUGGUUGGUAAUGAUGCUGUUGAUCAACUCACUAAAUUUAACCAGAAAUUAGCAGACCUUUCCGCUGUCCCUACUACCAGAUUGAUAGAUGGCAUCCUGCUCACCAAGUUUGACACCAUCGACGACAAGGUUGGAGCUGCACUUUCAAUGGUUUAUAUAUCUGGAGCUCCAGUCAUGUUCGUUGGCUGUGGUCAGUCUUACACUGACCUCAAGAAGCUCAAUGUCAAAUCCAUCGUUAAAACCCUGCUGAAGUGAAUGUGGUGCGCCGUUGUGCGGCACCUCGAAUUCGUACUGCCAGUAUUGCUAUCGUCGAAACCCCCAUGACCUCGUCGUCAUCGUGUUGGAUGUGUUCUGUCCUGGUUUACUGUUGUAGUAGCACAAACUAUCGUGCGCUUUUUCAGUUAUGUGACUGCUUUGUAUCACAGGUUUUACCUGUUUUACCCUGGAAUAUAUACUUACUAGUGGUUAACAUGGGCUGAUAUUCUCUCCA